AGCAGAAAAAGGAAGAUGAGAAAAGAGAAUGUAGAUGGCCACUACAUUUCCCCUUUCCAUGAUAUUCCUCUGGAAGUGGAUUCUAAAAAGGACAAUGGCAUUCCCACUAAGAAAGCACGAAAUGAUGAAUUUAAGAAUUUGUUUAAUAUGGUUGUGGAAAUACCUCGGUGGACAAAUGCCAAAAUGGAGAUUGCCACUGAGGAACCACUGAAUCCCAUUAAGCAAGACGCAAAGAAUGGAAAGCUGCGCUAUGUACCAAAUGUCUUCCCUCACAAGGGCUAUAUAUGGAAUUACGGGGCCUUCCCUCAGACCUGGGAAGACCCUUUUCAGAAAGAUAAGAACACAAGCUGCUGUGGAGACAAUGACCCCAUUGAUGUUUGUGAAAUAGGCUCAAAGGUUUGUUCCCGUGGAGAUGUGAUCCAUGUGAAGGUCCUUGGGAUUCUGGCACUUAUUGAUGAGGGUGCCACAGAUUGGAAAGUAAUUGCUAUCAAUGUCAAUGAUCCUGAGGCUGAAAAAUUUCAUGGUAAGUCUGGAUCUUUCCAGAAAACAGAAGUUAAAUCAGUGAAUCAUUGGAAUUCCUAGAACUGAAAAGGGAAA